CGCGUGCGUACAGAACAGUUGCAUGUAUUUUGUGUAAAAUUUGUACUUGCUCGUGCACAUUUAGAAAGAACUAAAGCACAUUUUAACCAAGAAAUUGGGUCUAUGUUUCAAGAAUGGCUUCAUUUGGCUGGAAGAGGAAAAUCGGUGAAAAGGUGUCAAAGUCAUCGGUGCAACAGUUUGAGGCUGACACUGAGAAAGAUAAGGACGCUGGAGCCGCUCCCGAUGAAGAGGAGGUGGAUUGGUUGCACGCCAUCAAGCGUCGUCGGGAAAUCCUGCUGGAGGACUGCGCCGAGAAGAGCAGGAGGCUGAAGGAUGAGGGGACGCUGCUGGCUGAGCAGGGCAGGCACUGGGAAGCCAUUAAGAAGUGGGACGAGGCAAUUCAGCUGACCCCAGACAACCCACUGCUGUAUGAAAUGAAGUCUCAGGUGUUGACCAUCCUUCACGAGGUGUUUCCUGCAGUGAAAGCAGCAGAGAUGGCCGUGAAGUUUCGCCCGCUGUGGUGGGAGGGCUGGCAGACUCUGGGCCGGGCGCAGCUCAACCUGGGAGAGGUGGACAUGGCCGUCAGGUCCUUCCAGAUUGGAAUCCACCUGCGCCCGUCAGAGCGCAGCCUAUGGGACGAAGACCUGAAGUGGGCCUGGACGUUGCAGAAGCAGCAGGCAGCCACCAAGGAGAAGAUGAGGCAGGAGGAAGAGACCAAGAAUCAGAUCCUUAACGCGCCCGAGCUGGAGCGGGACUACGACUUUGAGUCGGACGAAGUGCUGGCGGCCUGUGUGGCCGUCGCUGAACGGCAGAACCACUAUGAGGAGCUGAGGAAGACCACUGUGAUCAUAGAUGCUGAGGGGAACAUACAGAAUAUGUUGAGCCAGGAGGAGAAGUCAGGAGAAAGUGCAGAAUCAUCACACCAGCAGUUGGUCAAAGUCAGAGGACUAUGAAGAGGGGAUCGUCUUUUUAAAGAGUGGAUGCUGUUAUUUAAGGAGCGACUGUGUACAAAAGUCUAAAGUUUUAAUCACGUGAAUUUCUUGCAGUCGUCAUGUCUUUGGUCUUCAUCACAGUAAUCGUGCCUGUAGGAGUUUUAUAUUUCCCCCCUGAAUCAUCUGUGAGGAAACGGAUCCAUUUACGAGAGAAAUUCCCCCCAAAACAUUUCAUUUAUUUAUCUAAAGUGGACGCUCUAAGAUUUAAAGCAAGAGUGUUGACUCUGGAAUAAAAGUUUAAAGCCCAAACUUGUGUUUGUUUGAUUCGUUUGAAAAUGUGUUGACAUCAAAACUAGAUUGAGGACAUUUGCCACCUUUUCCGUGUGUAAAUAUAUAUAUAAAUAUUUGAUAGCUUUGUAGAUCAAGUCCUUUAUUCUUUCUUGUAGGCCCUGCAGCUUUAUGUCAUCGUAUGAAGUGUGUUUUUUCUGUCAUAUUUUUAAACUGGAAUAGUGAUCAGAGA